AUGUUUUACACCGUAGUGCAAGAGUUACAAAGAAAAUGGAAGGGUUUGAGGAACUCAUUUUCUAGAGAACAGGCUAAAAGAAAGAAUUUGAAAUCUGGGUCAGGAGGAAGUACAUGGAAAACAUAUGUUUAUUAUAAUCAAUUAUCGUUUCUUUCUUCUUGUGCAGCAAAUAAACUGACAACUUCAAAUUUAAGUUCAUCACAUGAUUCUCCAGAUGAAAAUGAAAAUGACAUUGAAGAAGUUAAUAGCGACUUGAAUGAAACUACUGGAGAAGUUUUAGAAAAUGUUUUACGUCACAAACCCGCCAAAAAGCAAAAAACUAUUGAAAAUGAAUUUUUAAACUCUGUAACGAAAAGUUUACAAGAAAGGGAACGCAGAGAAAAAGUAUACAUGGAAGAUCCAGAUCGCUUGUUUAUGUUGUCACUUGUUGAUGACCUUAAGCAAGUACCUGCCCAUUUAAAAAUGUCAGUAAAAUCGAAUAUUAUGCAAGCUAUAUCUAAUGGAUUGCAGAUGCAAAAACCUCCAGGCAUGACGGUGAAUUUUGCAGUACAGUACAGUAUCCCCAUGUCACCCUUAAUUCACCAUACACAAUAUAAUACUCAAUAUCACCGUCCACAAUCCAGCUUUCAACAAGCAUUAGUGAUAACUGGGGAACAACAACCUAGCCCUUGUUCAUCUAAUCACUCAUCAACAUCGAGGUCAACUUCUCUAUCAGUAUCGUCACAAAGCUACGUCUCUCCUAUUGAAACAUAUUCUAAUCAGUCAUCAAAUGAACCAAAUUUAGUAACAUAUAUAAAUAAUUACAAUAUUAAUGAUUGA